AUGAAAAAAAUCACUUUAUAUAUUUUUUCAAGUGUGACAGUUUGAUGUGAGUGUCGGUCCAAUAUUUAAUAUUGCAAUAAUAUGUAGCUUUUUUAAUACAUCAUAUAUCAUUUGAUAUUGCUUGAUUACACUGGAUAAUUUUCUGGACGCGUUUCUGUCAACGAAAAGUCAACAGGAAAUGGCAAAGUUAUGUGUGGCAGCAGGAUUCCACUUAAAAAUAUAUCGUUUGUGUAUUUUGCUUAAUAUAUUGUUUGGAAUAACACUUUGCAAUCAGAUGGAAAUAAAAGGCAAGGGAUCUAUUUGAUGAUCGGAGCAUUUAUGUCGUAUGUGAAUAUUCCUAGGAAAAAUAUAUCGGUGAUAAUCGAAAUCUCAGAACUUAUUGAAGAUUUUCAAGAAGUUCCAAAGGCAUAUUUAACAGAAAAACAUGAAAUUGUCCGGCGUGAUGUAGUUCAACCUAAUAUAUCCACUAUUAGUCCUUCACAACCAACACAAAGAAUCACCCCUUUGUCUCAAAAGCAAUCUACAUUGCAGCCAAAACUUGCUUCAACCAGUUUAAGUUCUCCCAUGGUUAAACCUAAUAAGACAGUUACCUCUGUAUCCAAGACUGUAUCAUUAGCUACUGCAAAAAUCCCAUCUAGUCAUGUAACAACAGAGAAACCAUACAAUUCAACAACACAAUCUCAAACAACAAAUACAGAGAACCAGCCAAAAACACCAACAAAGAAACCCUCAACAACUACAUUACCAACAAAAAUUGAAAAAGAUGACCACAAGUAUUACCGUUCACAACACUAUAGUAAUGGAAAAAAGUGGUGGUUUGAUUUAGAUGGUCAUAGUAACAAGACUAUAUUGCAUAAGGAGCUUUCUGAAAACAUCAAGUUCUCAUUUGUGUUACGAAUAUCAUUCGAUUUCCCAUAUUAUGGACAUCUGAUUAGAAAUGUUACCAUCACAAAUAAAGGUUAUUUGUUUCUUGGAGAGAGACUACAUGUAUUUAAUGCAUCGGCACAAUAUGCUGCUCCGUUAAUGGCGGACUUCGGUGCUGACUUACAUAAUAAGACUUCUAUUCGCUACAUUGACACAGGAGAUCGAUUCACAGUGGAGUGGGCAAACAUGCAAUUGAAAAACCAAUUUCCAGGCAAAGAAUUUUCAUUCCAAUGCUCUAUCUUAAAGAAUGGCAGUUUAAUAUUUGCUUAUAAAGAGAUUCCUGUACAAGUAAAGAGCAUAAGCACAAGUGGUUUCUUUGUACGUGUUGGUCUUUCAGAUACAUAUCGAAUUGAGAAGAUUGGAUACAAUGUUCGGUACAAUAAUAAGAUAUAUAGAAAAGUACGGUUCAUCAUCUAUUAUCUGUAUCAUAAAGUUCAACUGGAAAAAAAUAAGGUUUUAAGUGGUUCUGCAUUUGUUCUCACACCAGUACCAAACUGUGUAAUGUUCAACUCGUGUGACGAUUGUGUCAAUACUCGGACAGCGUUUAAAUGCAAAUGGUGUCCCAAGAUUAAGAGAUGCUCAGAUGGUAUUGAUAGACACCGCCAGAGUUGGUUAAACGCUGGUUGUACGAAAGACAGUGUGGAAUCAUGCUCUAGUGACGACAGUUCUAAACUUAGCGGAGGAGAAAUUGCCGUUAUUGUCAUUCUUCCGCUUCUUGUGAUGGUCAUUGUUGCUUGGUUUGUGUACGCUUACUUUCACCCUCAAACUAAAUCAGGACUUUGUUUGAUCGAGUAUGGCAACCCAACAAAGUGGUGUCGCAAUUCAAGUGGCGAGACGCGAAGCACGUCAACAGAUGGUCGAAUCAGUUUUAAAACUAUGCCUUUUGAAAGCAAUUCUUAAAUAUCUUGAUGAUUUCGUUGGAUUUUAGUUGUACAGAAAUGACGUUAUAUUUUUAGUCUUACAUGCAGUUGUUUUUAGUCUUUGUAAUAAGUUCGAAACAAGAUGGCGGUUAUAGUUAGAUAACUAACCAUUAUACCGUCCUCCACUUACCAAAUCUACGGCCAUUUCUUCGCUAAUCUCUAAUAGGAAGUUUUGAAUAUACAUUAUAUGAAUAUAGUUUUUAAUACACAUAUGCCAUACUUAGCAUUGCAAAUAAUUAAUUGAAUAAAAUUUAAAAACUUU